GAUUCAAUCAAUUAUCUCGUUAUCUUUUUUCUAAAUGAAUCCGUUAUUGUGAAAAAACGAGCUUUGUAACUCCUGCUCUUUAUAACUGCAUUAAAAAUAAUAGGAACUAUGGUCGUCUUCGGCUUCCGUAUUUAAAUGCCACAGGAAGUUUGUCGUCUUCAUCACACACCACAGGCCUGUCUGCCUCCAGACGAAAUGAUAUGAAUCAUUGUACAUCCAGGAAGAGGAACACCGCCCGCUCGGUUGGCGCUAGGCAUACAAAUGAAGCCAACCGUCAGUGCUUGUUUUGGGAGGGGGUGGUGUCUGUCCUGAUCACGGCCCUCCUCCCUCAGUCAGCAGGUUCAUCUCAUUUCUGUCCAUCAGAUCCGCUGCUUUACAUCCGUUUUAUUCCAUCUCCCCCUUGUUUUCUGCAUCCGGAUAAACCUGCCGCCCCCCUCCCCCCUCCUCCUCUCCCAACCUCCCCACCACCACCUGAAAACCCGCUCCUGGAUGGAUGAUGGAGGACCGGAGCCUGACCGCCCGCCAGCCGGGGAUGAUUUAAUUCAUCGAAGGCCAAUAAACAUCCAUAAUAUUUCCUAUAAUAUCACCGCUGCGGGGCGGCUGGGUGUCCACGCUGCUGCACGAGGCUCCCGUCUCUCUCCUCAGGGUGGUGAGACUCGUCAUCCUGCAUGGCCUCAGUGGCUGCAGGGUUCUGGGGUUCAGCCGCUUGCUGCUCGCACUCUAAACUCUCCAGAACCGGCAGUCUGAAACUAGGACGAGGCCGUUCUCCGCCGUCCAUGUCGUCCGGCCGGAGAUGUUCGGGGGUGUCCGGUCUUGGGGGCGGAGCCGUGUCCCCGGGGCCCAUGGUGGCGGAGGUGGUGGAGCCCGGCGGUGGGACGGGGGCUGGCGAGGCCAGCAGGGAGCUGUUUGAGGCCUGUCGGAGCGGAAACCUGGAGCGAGUUCGCAAACUGGUGACGGCCGAGAACGUGAACAGCCGGGAUACAGCGGGGAGGAAGUCCACACCGCUGCACUUUGCUGCAGGUUUUGGACGUAAAGACGUGGUGGACUUCCUCCUCCAGAACGGAGCCAAUGUCCACGCCAGGGAUGACGGAGGGCUGAUAUCCCUCCACAACGCCUGCUCCUUCGGCCACGCUGAGGUGGUGAGUUUGUUGCUUCACCACGGGGCAGAUGCAAACGCCAGAGACAACUGGAACUACACUCCACUUCAUGAAGCAGCCAUCAAGGGCAAGAUCGACGUGUGUAUAGUGUUGCUGCAGCACGGGGCCGAGCCGACCAUCAGGAACACAGACGGUCGCACUGCUCUGGAUCUGGCAGAACUGUCCACCAAAGCAGUUCUGACAGGUGAAUACAGGAAAGAUGAGCUUCUGGAAAGUGCCAGGAGCGGGAACGAGGAGAAGCUGAUGGCUCUGCUGACGCCGCUCAACGUCAACUGUCACGCCAGUGAUGGACGAAAGUCGACGCCGUUACAUCUGGCAGCUGGCUACAACCGGGUCAAGACUGUCCAACUGUUGCUGCAACACGGUGCUGAUGUGCACGCCAAAGACAAGGGGGACCUGGUUCCUCUUCAUAAUGCCUGUUCAUAUGGUCACUACGAGGUCACUGAGCUGCUGGUCAAGCAUGGAGCCUGUGUUAAUGCCAUGGACCUGUGGCAGUUCACUCCCCUUCAUGAAGCUGCCUCUAAGAACCGAGUUGAGGUGUGUUCUCUCCUGCUGAGCUACGGAGCCGACCCCACCUUCCUGAACUGUCACAAUAAAAGCUCCAUCGACCUCGCUCCUACCUCGCAGCUGAAGGAGCGACUCGCCUAUGAGUUCAGAGGUCACAGCCUGCUGCAGGCAGCCAGGGACGCCGAUGUGGUUCGGGUCAAGAAACAUCUGAGUCUGGAGACCAUCAGCUUCAAACACCCGCACACUCAGGAGACUGCACUGCAUUGUGCGUCUGCCUCUCCGUACACAAAGAGGAAACAAGUGUGUGAACUUCUACUGAGGAAAGGAGCCAACGUCAACGAGAAGAUGAAGGACCUGCUCACUCCUCUCCACCUGGCGUCGGAGAAAGCCCACAAUGACAUCAUUGAGGUGUUGGUCAAACAUGAAGCCAAGGUGAACACGGUGGAUCACCUGGGUCAGACGGCGCUGCACCGAGCCGCUCGCUGCGGACACCUGCAGACCUGCAGGCUGCUGCUGAGCGCCGGCAGCGACCCGCUGCUCACAUCGCUGCAGGGGUUCUCUCCCUCACAGCUGGGAAACAAGAGCGUGCAGGAGAUACUGCAAGAAGGUGUACUGGUCGGGAACUCUGAAGUCGACCGACAGCUGCUGGAAGCCUCCAAAACAGGAGAUCUGGAAACUGUCCAGAAGCUCUGCACGGUGCAGAACGUGAACUGCAGGGACGUGGAGGGUCGACAGUCAACACCGCUGCAUUUCGCCGCCGGCUACAACCGUCUGGCCGUCGUGCAGUUCCUGCUGCAGCACGGAGCCGACGUACACGCCAAGGACAAAGGGGGUCUGGUUCCCCUCCAUAACGCCUGCUCCUACGGUCACUAUGAGGUCGCAGAGCUGUUGGUCCUUCACGGAGCUGUGGUCAACGUGGCCGACCUCUGGAAGUUCACCCCGCUGCAUGAAGCUGCUGCCAAGGGCAAAUAUGACAUCUGUAAACUUCUGCUGCAGCACGGUGCUGACCCGACCCGGAAGAACCGGGACGGUAACACCCCUCUGGAUCUGGUGAAGGACGCCGACACGGACAUUCAGGACCUGCUGCGGGGUGACGCUGCCCUGCUGGACGCUGCCAAGAAAGGCUGCCUGGCCCGGGUGAAAAAACUCUGCACACACGACAACGUCAACUGCAGAGACACACAGGGGAGACACUCCACGCCGCUACACCUCGCUGCGGGCUACAAUAACCUGGAGGUGGCAGAGUACCUGCUGCAGCACGGGGCAGAGGUCAACUCUCAGGAUAAAGGAGGACUGAUUCCUCUGCACAACGCGGCUUCCUAUGGGCACGUGGAUGUGGCAGCUCUUCUCAUCAAGUACGACGCCUGCGUCAACGCCACCGAUAAGUGGGCGUUCACGCCGCUACACGAGGCCGCCCAGAAGGGCCGCACGCAGCUCUGUGCGCUCCUGUUGGCUCACGGUGCCGACCCCACCCACCGAAACCAGGAGGGGCAGUCACCUCUGGACCUGGUCACGGCUGAUGAUGUCCGGGCCUUGCUAACAGCAGCGAUGCCUCCCUCUGCUCUCCCUGGUUGUUACAAACCACAGGUCAUCAGUGUGGUGGCGUCGGCCUCUGGGUCGCCACCCAUUGCCGUUGUCCCACCACUUCUCUCCUCUUCCUCCUCCUCCUCUUCCUGCCCUGCCCCUACUCUCCUCCUCCUCCCCUCUUCCUCCUCUUCCUCCUCUUCUGGUCUUGACGCCUCAACAGCAGCUACAACUAAAAUGAGUGAGGGAUCACUGGACGCUGAGAAGAAAGAGGAGGUUCCAGGAGUGGAGCUCAGUAUCUGUCAGUUCUUGAAGAACCUGGGUUUGGAGCAUCUUCUGGAGACCUUCGACAGAGAACAGAUCACUCUGGAUGUGCUGGUGGAGAUGGGUCACCGUGAGCUGAAGGAGAUCGGCAUCAACGCCUACGGACACAGACACAAGAUCAUCAAAGGAGUGGAGAGGCUCAUCAGCGGGCCGCAGAGCCUGAACCCUUACCUCACGUUGAACACAGCCAAUAGUGGGACGAUCUUGAUCGACCUCGCUGCCGAUGACAAGGAGUUCCAGUCAGUGGAGGAGGAGAUGCAGAGCACGAUCAGAGAGCACCGAGACGGCGGCCACGCUGGAGGAGUCUUCAACAGAUACAACCUGGUCAAGAUCCAGAAGGUCUGCAACAAGAAGCUGUGGGAGAGGUACACGCACCGCAGGAAGGAGGUGUCAGAGGAAAACCACAACCACUCCAACGAACGCAUGCUCUUCCACGGUUCUCCGUUCGUCAAUGCCAUCAUCCAUAAAGGUUUUGACGAGCGCCACGCCUACAUCGGCGGGAUGUUUGGCGCUGGGAUUUACUUUGCUGAGAACUCGUCGAAGAGUAACCAGUACGUGUACGGGAUCGGAGGAGGGACGGGCUGUCCGACGCACAAAGACCGCUCCUGCUACAUCUGCCACAGGCACCUGUUGUUCUGCAGGGUGACUCUGGGUAAAUCCUUCCUACAGUUCAGUGCCAUGAAGAUGGCUCACUCACCGCCAGGUCACCACUCAGUCACCGGUAGGCCGAGUGUUAAUGGCCUCGCUCUGGCCGAGUACGUCAUCUACAGAGGAGAGCAGGCCUAUCCAGAGUACCUGAUCACCUACCAGAUAAUGAAGCCUGAAUCUCCUGCAGAUGGAUGAAAACUCAGAGUAUAGAAGGAGGAAAAGAAGAAGAGAGCUCAUCUUACCCCGUGUUGAGCCUUUGCUUUAUUAACUGCAUGCUCAAAGAAAAACUUUAUUUAUACAAUGUAUAAAACAUUUUAGGUUUGUAUCAGAUGCCUGUUUUUUUCUAUUGUUUGUUUUAUGCACUUUAUUAACCAUGGGUUGUAUCAUGAUGUGACGUGAUGUGACUGUUGAUUUUGUCCACUAAAUCAGUAUCGUCCAGUGAUUUCAGGGUGCAGCACUUUCAGAGAGGAGGAUGUCACUUUCAGCUCAUCAGUGUUGCAGUUAGACAAACACAAUGACAGAAUUUCUUAGUCACAACUGAAUUAUUAACCUUGAACACAUACAAAAGUUUGGGUAAGGUCAUAUUACCCAUAUUAUUGUUAUUACCAAAAUUAAGUUAAAUGCCCCAAAAUGCUUCAUUAUUCCCUGAGGCCCAACUUAACAUGUUGUAAUUUAUUUUCUUGUCUGACCAACAGCACAAAACCCCCAAACCUGUCAAGUUAAUUAUCAUUGAAAACUGGAAAAAUCUGCAAAUAUUAACGCUGAAGAAACUGGUCCCAGUAAUCAAUUAUCAUAAUUGGUGCCUGUUGAUUUGAUGAUCAGCUGACCAGCCAGUUUCAGCCUUGGUUGGUUCCAUAGUGUCUGAACAUGUACAAUGAAGGUAAAUAGUGGCUCUACAGUCAUUUUUAAACUGAAGUGAAAAUGAUCAGAAUUUGCAGUUCAAUGUUUUUCAAGUUUCUCGACGUAACAUUCAGCGUCUAUAUCGUUUUAACGAUGAGUAUUAAAUCCAGCUGUUCAGUAGGAGACGCACUGAUGUGUUGACAAUGACUCAUCCUUUCUGAAGAGCGAACGGUUGCUCAGCCUCGUCUGACAAACAUUUCCAAAAACAACUCUAUAUGUUGCCUGGCAACAACCUAACGAGGUGAAGUAUUCAUUUUAUUUUAUGAAGAUGUUGUGUAUACUUAUUUUUGUUUUUGUACUAGCAUGUAAGUUUAUUAACAUUUCUAAUGUGGGUAAAAAUAUCUCUGUUGGUUUUUGAGACAGUCUGAAGAACAGAUUUUCUCUGACUAGUUCACUUCCUGUUUUUUUACUCAGCCUUAAUGAGAAGCAGCCUCUGAUUCGGUGGUGUCAGUCCACACUGUGCCCAGGCUGACCCAGUCCAUUGCCAGACCAGGUCCACACCAAUGUGUCACAACAAUCAAUAUUUCAGAUCUUCUGCUGCUCAUGUUCAGGUUUGAGCAACAGGUUGUCAGCAUUCAUUUAGUUAGCCUCAUAUAGCAGCUGCCACUAAAAACUGUAGUCUGUGGAAGUUGUUGCUAAUGCUACAUAGCUAAUGUUAGCAUUAACAGCUGUUUAUUCACGAGUUUAAAAGAAACGUAUCAAACUUCAUUCUUUUACUCACCAAGAGCAGUGGAAAGCAACGCUUAUAUUUUUUAUUCUUCUGCUGAAGUUAGCGUGCUAACCCGCUACCAUUGACCCAUCCCUGUCUCCGAAUUCUACUUUGUUACAGUGACUGUCACUGUAGUGUCCAGUCUGCUCAGAGGACAUAUUCUUACCUCUUGUCCUGUAAACGCAACAAUAGUUGAAACUCUUGGUCAGUAGCAGCUGUUAAUGCUAAUGUUGGCUAUGCAAAGAUCGCAAAAUCUUGUACAUCACGCACAGCACCUUUAAUGACAUUCCAAAAAGGAUUGAGUAAAAUACAAACAAACCCCAACCCUACUGGCAUAGAGUGAUUUUAUCUCUGUAUCUGCCUUACAACAACCUGUAUAGUUGUGUCAGUCUUGUCCACACUUUCAGACAUUUUUUGUGGUAUUGUUUAUUGUUAUUUUCUGGCCCCGAGACAUGGACAGUGAUUCACUGGGGCCAGGCUAACUCAAACCUGGGUGAAUCUUUAAGUAAAAGGGACAUCAGAUAUAUGUGUCUGAACAUCAGCUGUAUUGAAAGUUAAGACUGGUUUUGGUAAUGUUAUUAAUCCCUGGUUCUCCAUAUAACUGCUGUAUAUUGACAAAGGUCAUACAGUUCACAGCCUUCAUGUCUUAAGGAUAAGUUAAAGAUUCGUCACAGUCCAGGAUCUUACCAACAAAUGCAUAUCUUGAUAGUCUUUUCAGUCAAGUCUGGGUUCAGCUUGGUGUCUGUACAGAGUCAAGUCUGGAAAUCAAACCUGAUUUAAUGUUGCUGCCUUUGCUUUUCUCUGUAUAUUCACACUCUCCAGUCUUCAGUGGGACUGUAAAAACCUGCAGAGGAGGAAAAACAAAAAUGAAUGUCGUUUAUGUAAAUUUACUCAGACUGUUCUGCUGUUGUGAGUUCUUCUCCUGUCAUCUGUAAUGUAAAGUUAAUGGGCACUAAUGUGGAUGUUUUGUGCUCUAAUGCAUGGUACUGUGGCGCUGCCUGUCUUGACUUGCGAAGCAAAUUGUAGGUUUUUUAGCGCAGACUGGGAGGAAACCAGCAGUUGAAUGUGAAGGGUUUGAUUCUAAAAUAGACUGAUGAAUAUCUCUACAAACUGACUGACAUUAAAAAAUGGUGCUAUUCAAAGGAUUAAGGUGUAAACUGUUAAUAUUUACAACCUUGAUCCUUGAUAAACUUUACAUCAAGAUUUUUGGCGUUUUGCAAUCAAACUCUUCAUGCUCUGUGUUUCACAUUUGAAAAAGGAAAAUAUCCAACUGAUGCACCAGGUGUUCAGUAACUUAAUUUAUGAGAAGCAGGGGGUGUGGAGGGAAUAAAACUGCUGUUUCCUGUGUUGUCAGUGGCUCAUAAUAUUGUCCAUUGAAGAACAGUGAGAAGACUAACCAACUAGCAGUUUAAAAUAAGCUGUGAGUAUUAUAAAUGAUGGUAAGAACACGUUGAUACUAACUGUGGUGUGAUGUUUGAUGUUGAAUCAGGUGGAGGACCUUGAUGAUUUCAGGUGUGUGAAACAGUGGCAGAAAUAAAUGACUUCUCAA